CCACAGUCAAAGCCCACGGGAGGAAAGGGACCAAGAGCACAUCUUGUGUGGCUUCUGGGCUCACCUGAUACCUGCGAUACAGCAAAUCCACAGUCAUGAAGAUCCUCUACCUGCUCUUUUCUCUUCUCUUCUUGGCCCUCCAAGUUUCUCCAGGUUUGUCUUCACCCCAGCGGGACAAGAUUUUCUGUAGAAAAGGGACCUGUCACUUUGGAAGAUGUCCUGUCCAUUUGGUUAAAGUUGGAAGUUGCUUUGGGUUCCGCUCCUGCUGCAAAUGGUGAGCCAUGGGAUGCAUAAAAACUUCAUGGAUUGUUCAUUUGAUGAGAAUUUCUUCUAAACCCAGGAAUUUUCUUUGAAUCCCCUUACUGCUAAAGGCAUCAGAUUCUGCUACAAAACCUUGUGCGCCUUUCAUUUUGAAUGUAAAAAGCUUUGUGAUAUAG